AUGGGCCAGGCCCUGCGCCGCGCCUCGGGGCGCCUGAGGCCCCCUCCCCCGCCUCCGCCCCCGGCGAGGCCGCCGCCGCCUCCACCUCCACCGCGAGCCUCGCCGGCGGCCGCUGCCGGCGACAGCCUUCCCCAGGACCGGCUGGACGUGGCACAGGAUGAUGUUACAACUCCAUCAAAAGAUAUCCAUGGUGUACUUGUGGAGCGUGAUCCAAGUUAUGAUGACAUGCUUAAGCACAUGGUCGGGAGAAUCACUACUAAACCUGGGGGAAAGCCAGAAAUGGGUGAAGCUUCCGUCGUAGAGCGAUACAACAGGCCACUACCUAAGGUGAGAGCAUCUGGAGCCGAACCUGGGCAAGGUGGGCACAGACAGCUACCUCCAGGAACCCUGAACGUCGGGCACAUCCAGGAGAUCAUUCAAUUGUACCAGGGGAAGUCUGGUAGCCACAAUGGCUCGAUGAGCGUGGACGAUAUCGCCUCGAGGUUCAGAGUCGAAGCCUCCGUGGUGCGAGGAAUCGUGCAGUUCGUCUCACUGCCACAGGACGAAACCAUCGGAAAGAAAGAUGAGCACUGGGAGCCAUGAAUGAUCUUGCAGGCCGUCUAACAUUGCGCCGACGCUCAUGUUUCUUUCUGAAUGAGUUAGUUGGGAAGAGAACAACUGGAGAGACAGGUUUCAUAGUCUUUUCAUAGGUUUAUUUCUUUCUGUUGUUGCUGCUGAGCUGAGAGUGAGGUAUGAUGGAAAUUGUAAACAUUACAUACCCUGUUGCCUAAAUAAAGACGCUGGCUGCGUUUUA